CCCCCCACACUCCGGCCAGGAGACUGAUGCUGACCCACACGGGCAUUCUCUGGUGCUGAGUGUAUUAAGAUAUACGUUACAUUAUUACUUUCGGAUCGUUUAUACCAAAGGAGAACGUCUCGGAAUGUGAGCGCGCGAUUUACACCCGAGACCAUGGAAAUAAGAGGAAUGAUAGAGAAACUAGGUCAUCAGCUGGUUGAAAUUCGAGUUCGAGCAUUAAAGAAUAUAUUGUGCAAAAUUGAUCAUGGAUUAAUUACUCUGGUUGAUCUAGCUCAAGAAAAGAGGCUUUUUGUUCUGCUACUUGAGUGGUUCAACUUUCCAAAUGUUCCACUGCAGGGAGAUGUACUUAAUCUGUGUAAUCAGCUUGCAAAGCAUUCCUCUGGGGGCCAACAUUUCAGAGAAAUUGGAGCCUUGGAAUUUUUAUCUCAGUUACGUCCCAAUGUGGAACCAAAAAUACAAGUUUGUAUUGAUGAGAUUGUGGAUAAUCUGUUCAAACUCCCUGAUACUCCUGUUGAUACACAAGCAAUUGCCUAUCAGUUACAUCCUCAGAUGACCAUGGAGCAGCAAGCUCUCCCUGCUGUUGCUUGUGACGUGGAAGAUAAAGUGGCUGGUUAUUUUCAACAAAACAAUAACAGAGCAAAAUUAAAUGAAUUUCCACUGCUGAGAAUGAAUGUUAAUAAUGCAGUCAAAUGUUUGAAGUUUUCCACCUUUCCUUGGUUGACGCUGACUGUGACGGACAGGCACAUUCUUUCAUCAAAUGAAACCUCGUUGAGAAGCAGUAAUCAGACCUUAGUCCGUAGUACAUGUGAACUUCUGCAGGAUGUCAUCAUGCAGGAUUUUCCAGCUGAGAUUUUCCUUCAGCGCCCAAAAAUUGUCCAGAACCUUCUCCUAUUGACAAAAUUAGCAUUUGGGAGAGAUGGCACACAACACUUAGCACUUCAGGCUGUAGGUUGCCUCUACCAACUGUGCAAUUACCUGAGAAAUAGGUUGAAUUUUCACAGGGACCCCAGCUUCUUCUCAGCAAAAAAUGAUUUAGUUUCUCAGAACUCUUCAGUGACCCAUGCUCAGGAAACACAGGGAACACGCAUUUCCCAAAAUCCAUCUCCCAGAAGUACCAGUCCUAGACCAUCUGUGAUUGGGCGAACAGUUCAGCGCCCCAGAGGAGAUGGUCAAGAUGGAGACGCAGCAUCCUCAAGUGGAAGCAGUUCGCAGGGACAUAUUCAUUCCAGAAGUCCAACUUCCAGCCAUUCUGUGCUUGACUUGGCUCAUGUAGAGAUGCCCAAGAUGGAAAAUGAGGAUUCUGUGGAGCUACAAUUCCAGCAGCUCAGUCUGCCACAGUUUUGUUGUUUGGUCCUGGAACAUGUAAUUUCCAUGCUUAGAACAGGUAGUAGGAAGAUUGUGUUGUGUGUACUGGAAUUGUUGGCCGAAGUGGUACUACUCAUAAAUUAUUCAAUCUCUGAAGACGUCUGGGUUGAUGAUAGUCUUACAGGUCGAGAACUGAGGGAAAGCCUGAUAGCUGGUUUGGAUGCUUUAGGGGAAAGUCUUGCCUAUCACAGUUCUAGCAUCAACGUAGACCUGCCAGAGGCUAUGCUGCUGCACCACCGCAUGACUUUUAUCAGUAUUGCACUGUUCACUAUGCAGCUGCUGCAAGUACUUGUCCCAGUGGAAAAGGCCAAUGAAGUUCUGCCAGAGAGCAUAGAAGUUGUUCUGUAUCUUUUGUCUCUGGACAUAUCGUUUCGUUUAGCUUAUCCCAACGUUCACGAGACCAUCACUGCCUACUUAGAGCAGGUCAGCUCUGAGAGUUACACUAUUUACAAGAGGGCCACAGAGAUUGUCCACUCAAUGGAGUUUGCAUGUCGUUUUCUCAAGGAGAUUGAAGACAAGGAUGAAAAGAAUCUUCUUGAACUGAUUGAGUUAGCAGACCAGGCAGUGACGAGUCUUCCCUAUCAUCAACACCUCCAGCUGAUUCAGAAAUAUAUUGAAAUCUGCUCAGAAAUUUGGAAAUCUGCACAGGCCAGUCCAUUACUACAAGGAGAAAGUCAAAAAGUAUUGCUGAAAUUAUUAUCUCAUCCCUUGCCAGCUGUUAAAUCUGAGGCUUAUCUCUGUUCCUUGAACAUUGUAAAGGAGUGUUUGGGAAUCUACAAUGUCACAAAGCCAAUGCCAUCAGUUUGCCAAGGUGUUCAUUUUCUUCUCCAUGGCCGAGUGUUAUAUGAAAUAUGCACAUUUGGCCUACAGGACUCUCUAGAACAGGUGAACAGUGCUGCAAAGAACAUUCUGGUUUACCUACUGCAGGGGGGCUUGAUAAUGAACACUUUAACCUGGAGCAAAUUAAUUGAAGCCUUCUAUCCUGUAAUUCCAAUUCUGCAGGGUUUUGCAGAUGCAGAAGGCCCCUUAGGAAGCUGUAUUCUUGCACUAAGUGAGACAUACAAUGAUGCCGGUGAUGGUGUACUCCCUAGGAAAGCUAGGCUUCGUGCAGCUCUUCGACUUCUUAUGUGCAAAAAACAAUCAAUACGCUCUAUUGCUCUGAAACAUUUGAUGUGGCAUCUGAUUAAUGAAGAAGGAGCCACUGAUAAACAACCUUCAUUACAAGGAAGUGUACUCCAAUAUGCAUCAAACGUAUACGUAUUGGAUGAAUCUAUUGACUUGCAUCCAGAAGAAACUAGCACAUCUUUAUUUAAGGGCGACAAUGUUUUCAAAGUGUACGAAAUCCUAAUAUCUGAGACUGUUGAUCUGGCUCUUCGGAAGUCUGCAGCAGAGCAACUUGUCAUUAUGAUGCAAGAUAACACAAUGCAUGGAGUGUUGAAAAAUCAUGGAAUAAUUGAAAAGAUAAUCUCAUUUGUACAUGAAAGUGUGCACAGAAAUGGAAAGAGUAUGCAGUGCUUGGUGUUGCCAUGUCUUGCUAUUUUACGAAAACUAGUUUACUCAGACCCCACCCUACGCCACAGCCUGGCUCAAGAAACUCCUUUUCUACUUGCACUUUUCAGAGUCUCUUUGAUUCUGCAGAAGGAAAAAAGUGUCCUUAUAGAGGCGGCAGUAUUGCUGAGCCUGCUGCUGUUUGAUGAAGUUGCAACAAUAAAUUUUUGGUGUGAUCAUUCAUCUGGUAAUGCCACUGCUCCUCCUCCAUUCAGUUUACCUGUUACUGUAGCGAGGAGAUAUAACUUGACAAUCAAAGUUGCAGUCCAUCAUGCAGUAAGUCCGUACUGCACUGUGGUCCCAUCUGCUUCGGAUCAUUUGACUACAAAACCUGCUUCAGACAUGUUAAAAAUAGCCUGGAAUCUUGCAUGGUAUAAUGGAAUCGACCACCUCUUAGAUCAGAUGAAGUGUUUAAGAACCUAUACAUCAGCAGAAUUUGUAGAGAAACUAAAGUUGUCUCCUAUUGAUGGUGUGAUGCUCAAAGUCACCAAUGUUGCCAGUGGUCUUCAGGACUGUCUCUCCUCCAUCACCUUGGCAGUGUCUCACAUCACUGUCAGCUCUGCUCUCUCCAGAAUGAGACUAUACUUGCUGAAUGAUAAACUAGCUCUCAAGCAAGGAAUAAACAGCAGCUUAACUGUAUUACAGAAGCUUGAAUGGCAUACAGCAUUGGGCAGGUUUUUGCAAAUUCUUCCAGCAUGUACUGAAGAUGAGAAGCUGCUGGCUGAUGUUGUGUCUUUCCUGAGGAAAUUGUUGUUAGCCCAAAAAGAGGGUGUGGAUUCAAAGGAUCUGACAUCACUUUUAGAACUCCUGCUCAGACAGGAAUCCAACCCACUGCUGAACUUCUUUGUGGCAGCUGAAUCUCCUGUGCAGGGUGAAAUGGAUGAAAUUCAAACUCUUUUAAGACAGAAACUACGAAAGGAGCUGACUGAAUUCUUUAACAUCGUAUUACAAGCGCUCACCUCUGUUACAGAUAGAAAGUGUUUGCUGUUGGCUGGCCCUUUCAGGACACUGCUGGCAGUUAAAUUUCUGCAGUGUUUGCGAAUAACAGAUGCACCACAUUUCUAUGGUCUACCUUCAUUAGAGCGGACACUACGAGGAAUGGUUCACAUCACCGCUCUUCCCAGGUGGAGUUUGCACUCUGCUGCUUUGGAACCCUAUUCCCUGUGUAUGAAAUAUUUGACUGGGCUGCUUGAGGUCAUUUCAGCCUUUUAUGUGGAAUGGGGAGGAAAUGCUAUGUCUUACAUGGGUAAAGGUGUUACAAAAAGUGCAGUACUUUGCUUGCUUCAACUGUCGCAUGAGAUGAUGACCCAGGCAAAUGAUGAGACGUGGGUAUCUCUUUGGUCAUUGGCAUAUGAGCAAAAUAAUGAGGAGCAGAUGCCAUCACGACUUGGUCUGGCAUGGCUUAUUCCUCUCUGGGUCGAUCGAGAUCCUGAAGUGCGUUUUGCUAGUUUGGGUAUUGGAUCAGCUCUCACAUUGGUUGAAAAUGGGUGCACUGCUCUGGCUUCCAGUUGCCAGAACAUUUCUGGAGGAUUAUGGGGUACAGUGCUAAAUAUCCUUCUGGACCAAUCUGAAUGCAGUAUGGUUCGAAGAGAAGCAGCAUCCAUUCUCCAGAAUUUACUGAUGAUUUGUUUGCCUGCUAACACGGAGGAAACCAAGGAUGUCUGGCAGACCCCAUGUGUUCAUGAUGAGGAGUCUGGGGUGUCACUGGUAGGACUGCCUGCUUUCCAGGCCUUGCUGUAUCACUGCCAAUUUUAUGAGCAUGUGGCUUAUAUGGCAAAACAUUGCUACUUUGGAAGGCAAAUGUUUGAUUUCAGUGUCGCUAAAUCUACUGAAAACAGUUUGCUCAGUAACAGCUUCGAAGACUCAUUGAAAUAUUGGCGAAUGCCAUCCGUCUUAUCCAACCACAAUCAGUCUUCAAGUCCCCCUUCUACAUCAAGCACUUUGGUUUUGCCACAGUCUUCCCCAUCAGUCGGUGGACCUGAAUUAUACAGAGUGUUGCAAGUUUCUGCCCUGUCUGCUGUCAUUGCUUCUGAAGCUCCAAGCAACAGGCUUACAGCUCAAGGGAAAAGUGACACAGACACACUUCAAUCUCUGGACAGUGAAAAUUCCCAUGUUUCUGUUAACUCAGAGCAGUGUGCAGUUGUUACCCCUCACCUUCUCUCAGCUGUCUGUAGCCUGCUUACUAACCUCCUGGCAGCUAUUCCAGAAGACACAUUAAUUGCAGUCAAACAAAACCACCUCUUUGCAGCUUUCCAUCGUGUAGUUAACACUAGUUUGUUGGAGAGAUGCUUGUGGGAGCUGAGAACACCACUACUUCACCCUAACCACAGACAGGAUAUUAAAGCUCAGGUUUUGAGCCUCCUUCAGUAUUUGUCAUCUUUGUCUGGACUGUUCCAGACCUGUCUCAUCCUGCAUUAUGAAAAUAUAACACAAGAUGACCUGCUGAAACCAUUAUUGUCAAAUAUAUUAACAGUACUUUGUGUUCGAUGCAAGGAUUAUUUUGACUGUGAGGUAACCUCAGCCAUCUACCAAACGUGGACAGACUUGUUCAUCCUUCUAAAUUUAAUUCUACGGAAAAGUGGUCAGGCUACAUUCCCGUCUGUUGUUGGUGCUGCGGCGGAGCAAUGGGCUGCUCUCAUAGAUACAAUUUCAGUGUGCAUUCAGCUGUCCAACAGCACACCAUAUUUGUAUACCGCAUCCUUACAGUUCAUUUCUCUCCUCUUGGCUGAAGAGGGGAAGAGACAGUUCCACAAUAGCGGUGAAAGUCAAUGUCCCACGAUUACUGAACUUCUAGAGAUCAGUGAUGGGACUGAGCCAUCAGGAAUUUGCCUCUGUGAAAUCUUAUUACAGAGCUAUGAAGGUAAAUCGACUGAAGAUGCCCACAGGAAAGUUGCAGCUGGUGCUCUUACAUCAUUGCUUGCUGUUAGUGGUAGUGCACAAAAGCACGCUUACAAGUGUAGGCUGGAGGAUGGUGGCAAUGGUCUCACUGGUGUUAUUGACAGCAGCAUAGAACAGAUGAAGCAUACUUGUAUUCAACUUAAGUUGGAUUCUCUGAGACCAGGAAAAGUGGUCCAAAGAAAAAAGGAUGACAGUCUUAUCCAAGAGUUGAAGAUUGCCAUGCAGCUCCUGAGAAAUUGCUUAUAUAACAAUGCUGAAUGCAAAGUUGCAGCUUCUGAUGCCCAUCUUGUGAGUGUAGUGCACUCACUUUGGCCCUGGUUUUUAAUGGAUGAUCAACUACUGCUGACAGCUUUGCAGCUGCUAUGUGUUUACACAGCUAAUUUAUCAGCAUCAUGUAAUUUCCUUUGCUGGGGAGGUGGAGCAUCACUAGUUCCCCAGUGUUCUCAAAGAAGCUUGUCAAAUAACAGUUUGGUUCACUUAAUCAUGAAGCAAGCCCUUCACAAAUCAUGUGACAACAGUAUGGUACGACAAAUGGCAUUUGCUCUCCUCUCCAAUUUAGCCAUGUUCCACGAAUGUAAAGGAAUCCUGCAGAAGAGCAAUUUCCUGCAAAACUUCCUUGCCGUGCCAUUACCAAAGACCACAGUAAAAGGCCUCAGCACAUUGACCACUCUUUGGUUGAAGCUGUUACUGAACAUAUCUUUUGGAGAUGAUGGACAGCAGAUGAUAUUGAAGAUGAAUGGGAGCUUGGAACUACUAACAACAAUGUCCCAGUACAAACACAAGGGUAGUCAGCCCACAGCUCUUCUGAUUCUGCAUAACGUUUGCUUCAGUCCAGCCAACAAGCCAAAGGUUCUAGCCAAUGACAACAUUGUGUCAACAUUUGCUGCUUGUCUAGAAAAUGACAACCCUCUUGUUCAGACAAUAGGAGCCUCAGCUCUUUGGGCAUUACUUCAUAACUAUCAAAAGGCUAAGGUUAUUCUGAAAAACCCAUCAAUCAAGACAAGAGUGGAUGAAGUUUAUUUAUCUGUCAAAAAGUAUGUCACUGAAGCUGAUGAAGUUCCAUUGAGAACCUAUUUUUUGAAAUGCUUGGACAAUCUAACAAUCCUGCUGAACAGUUAAUGGCUGCCACAAGCACAGACCAUGACAUGUUAUUGUGGAAAACUGA